AUGACCGGGCCUUCCUCAGCAUUGAAUCGUCUCUCCCAACAAGUCCGUUUCCUAUCCACCAGAGUAAAUAUGGCCCAGUACACCACCCGUCUCAUCGGGGCGCCAAACACACUUGAACAUCGUGUCUUCAUCGAGCAGAAUGGCAACCCCGUUUCUCCCUGGCAUGAUAUUCCUCUUUUCGCCGACCAGAGCAAUGGCAUCUUCAACAUGAUUGUCGAGGUUCCUCGAUGGACCAACGCCAAGAUGGAGAUCUCGAAGGAAGAGGCCUUCAACCCCAUCAAACAGGACGUCAAGAAAGGCCGUUUGCGCUACGUUCGAAACUGCUUCCCUCAUCACGGGUACAUCUGGAACUAUGGUGCCUUCCCUCAGACUUGGGAAGACCCCACCCAGAUGCAUGCAGAGACUAAGGCCAAAGGCGACAACGACCCUCUCGAUGUCUGUGAAAUCGGUGAACAGGUUGGGUAUGUCGGUCAGGUUAAGCAGGUGAAGGUCCUGGGCAUCAUGGCCUUGCUUGAUGAGGGAGAAACAGACUGGAAGAUCAUCGUGGUUGAUGUCCAAGAUCCCCUUGCAUCCAAACUCAACGAUAUCGAAGACGUUGAGAGACAUCUUCCCGGGUUGAUCAGAGCUACCAAUGAGUGGUUCAGGAUCUACAAGAUCCCCGAUGGUAAAGGCGAGAAUGCUUUCGCCUUCUCUGGUGAAGCCAAGAACAAAAAAUAUGCCACUGAAAUCAUCCAUGAAUGCAAUGAAGCAUGGCGUCGUCUUAUUAGUGGCGAGAGUCCUGCCAAGACCCCGUCGUAUGACCUUUCUAUCCGCAACAUCACCACUCAGGGUUCUCCUGGGUUUGUUUCUCGAAACGACCCUUCUUAUGUCAACGUUCCUCAAGACUCGAGGAAGCCUCCUGCUCCUAUCGAACCUUCUGUUUCGAAAUGGUUCUAUAUAUCCUCGGUUCAAGUUUAG